UCUCCAAUAGUUCAUUUUUUCCUUUUCUGAAAAUUUCUAGUUUUCAUCGUCCCCUCCAUCGGACGACUCUAAAAUCCUUCUCCCCAAUUUCCGAUCCAAAAAAAAAAAAAAAGGAAAAUAGAUUUCAGAUCAUGUUAAAUUGGAUUCUUUGUUGGUCUCUAAUCACUCUCACACUUGCCACAAUCCUUUUAUUAGCUUCCCAAAUCCUUAACCACCGUAGAAAUAAGAAAAGAGCCGUCGGAUUCUUUCAUCCCUACACCAACGAUGGCGGCGGCGGUGAGAGAGUCCUUUGGUGUGCCGUCAAAGCCAUCCAAGAACAGAACCCAGAUCUCGAUUCCGUUAUCUUCUCCGGCGACAACGAUGCAUCCUCUCAAUCCUUAAUGUCACGCGCCACUGAUCGUUUUGGUGUUCACCUCCUUUACCCCCCAAAAGUUGUGCAUUUGAAUAGAAGAAAAUGGAUUGAAGAAACAACGUACCCACACUUCACAAUGAUUGGUCAAAGCUUGGGAUCAGUUUAUUUAUCUUGGGAAGCUUUAAACAAGUUUACACCUUUGUAUUAUUUUGAUACAAGUGGGUAUGCUUUUACAUACCCAAUUGCACGUUUAUUUGGAUGCAAAGUUAUUUGUUACACUCAUUAUCCUACUAUCAGUCUAGACAUGGUUUCUAGAGUUCGUCAACGAAGCUCAAUGUACAAUAAUGAUGCUGUAAUUGCUAAAAGCACGUGGCUAUCCCGGUGCAAAAUUAUCUAUUAUACAGUUUUUAGCGUGAUGUAUGGAAUGGUGGGAUCUUGUGCACAUCUUGUAAUGGUCAACUCUUCAUGGACUCAGUCUCACAUCGAGAAGCUUUGGGGUAUUCCUAAGCGCAUUAAGCGAGUUUAUCCACCUUGUGAUACUUCAGGACUUCAGGCACUUCCUUUGGAAAGGUCAGUGGAAACUCCAAAAAUCAUAUCUGUUGCACAAUUUCGUCCCGAGAAGGCACAUAGUCUUCAACUUGAGGCAUUUUCUGUUGUUAUAAAAAAACUAGAUGAACACUAUCGAAGACCUAAGUUGCAGUUUGUAGGUAGUUGUCGAAAUAAAUCAGACGAGGAAAGACUCCAGAAUUUGAAAGACAAAGCAGUGCAAUUGAACAUUCAAGACGAUGUGGAAUUCCAUAAAAACGUGAUGUAUAGGGACUUGGUAAGUCUUUUGGGCGGUGCUGUUGCUGGAAUCCACUCGAUGAUAGACGAGCACUUUGGCAUUAGUGUUGUAGAGUACAUGGCUGCAGGAGCCAUACCUAUAGCUCAUAAUUCUGCUGGCCCGAAAAUGGACAUUGUUUUAGAUGAAGACAGACAACAAACAGGAUUUCUUGCUCAAAAUGUAGAGGAAUAUGCAGAUGCAGUCCUGAAAAUAGUGAAGAUGCCCGAGUCUGAAAGACUCAAGAUAGCUACAGCAGCAAGGAGAAGAGCUAGCAGAUUUUCGGAGCAAAGAUUUUACGAUGAUCUCAAAGCCGCAAUCCGACCAAUUAUAUGCGGUUCUUCCUAGUUAUAGGAUUGCAUUAGAAGAUCACACUGAUAUAGAAAACAAUAGUUAUACUUGUUCUUGUUUAUUGGGGUUCUUCACCCUUUCAAUCCAGUCAUUGGAAAAAGCUUAGUUUAGAUUUGUCAACAAAAUAGAUAUACUUUUAACUUUGAUUUGAAAACAUACUUGAAGGAAUUGAGGAUCAUGUUUGGUUCA